GCAGCUCCUUCCAGUGGCCACGCAGUGCCUGUCAAAAAGGGAAAGAGAGAGAGAAAGAGAGAGAAGUGGCCUCAGGGGGAUUUGGAGGUGGCAGGAAAAGCUUGGAGCCUAAUUGAUUUGAUGUCCCCAACCCCACAGCUCAUAACAAUAAUAAUUAUUAUACCCAAGCUCUGACUCAGGGAAGCAGUGGAGAAGAGAGGAAGCAGCCACGAAUCAUGGCCUCCGAACAUGGUAGCUGGCAGGAGCCAUGUGGCCGGCGUUUGGGGUGAAGUGCCCAGCGGUGCCAGUUAGCCCCGACUUCUCCAGGUGCUAGGAUUGGAUCACAGGCCCUCCUGGUUUGUUGUUGUCUUCAGGUAGACUGCAGUGGUCCCGGUUCUACAUGCCCCCCCACCUUGCCAUUCGGGCCUCCUCCUUGCAACCGGCCAUCAGGUGACGACGCUCCAUCUCCCUUUGAAAUUCCCAGCAGCUGGACAGGAUUGUACUGCUUGCCUGCCUGCCUGUCCGUCAGCCACAAGGGAUCAAGAAAAUGACCCUCUUUGACCUUUGGAGAAGGAAAGGUGCCUUUGGAUGGGUGAAGUCUGACAGAUGAGAAGCAGUGCCAAAAUGAUGGAGAAGCUGAAGAGCCCCCAGCCACCUGUUGAUCCUGAGCACCAAGAGCCUCUCCCACCUUCUUCCCCUGCACCCCUCUGCUCCCCAGCGAGUGGGGAAGAGGAGGUAGAGGCCACCCCACCCUCUAACUCUAGCCCCAUCUCAUCUUCCCCUCAAGCCAAAGGGAGCCCUCCCUCUGAGACUUCUCCAGCACCUCUACCGCCCAACAUUCCUGUCAUCAGUCUGGGCUACAGCAAGCCUCCCAACCAUGCCGAGGUGCCCACCACCCAACUCACUGCACUGCACCCCAUUCCCAGCUUCUUGCAACUCUCAGCAAUGCCACCAGGUCCUCCUCCACCUCCUCUGACUCUCGCUGGAGUAAGAAGUCCUCUUUUGACCCCACCGUAUCAGCCUCUUCCAUUCCUCAACAGCAUCUACAUUAGCAGCUCUGGACCAUUCGGCUUCUUCCCUAACAAUCGCCUCAAGCGCAGGCCAAGCCCUUAUGAACAGGACAUUACUGAGGGUCUUCAGCCUCAGAAGGUGGCACGCCGGGUCUUCACCAACAGCCGGGAGCGUUGGCGGCAGCAGAACGUGAACGGGGCCUUUGCCGAGCUUCGGAAACUCAUCCCCACCCACCCCCCUGACAAGAAGCUGAGCAAGAAUGAGAUCCUCCGCUUGGCCAUGAAAUACAUCAACUUCUUGGUCAAAUUGCUGAGUGACCAAGCCAGGCUGGCUGGGGGAGGAGAGCUUCCUGAUGCAGAGGCCCCUUGCAAUGGGACCCCAAGGACUCCCUCGCCACCCGCACCCAUAAAACUGGAGCAGGUGACGGCAGAACCUGUGACUGUGUUGGAGGCAGGAGAGCCACGGUGAUGAAGAAGAUCCUGUAUCACCAUGUGACUGUGGCCUCCAGCUUGCCUUCUUCUCCAGCUUCCCCUCCACACAGAAGCACCACCCAUGGGGACUGAGCCCACACAAGGGGCCGGGAUAAUGCUUUGUCCAGCAAAUUCCAACAAAACUGGGAACAAAAGCCAUUGGGGAUGGGUUGUAUGAUGCUAGGGGUUGCUCUUGACUUUCAGAGGUGAGGGAUGGAUGGUCCAUGAAGGGAUGGAGAGGAAGACAGCAUAGUCUCUUCAGCUGCAGGUCUGCCUUCAUUUCUGGUCAAUGUCCCAACAGAUGGAGACUUUGGGUAGAGCAGUUGAAGUGGAACUCUUAAGUCUGUGUCCCCAGCAUUGCUUCUUUCUGGAAUAACCUCAAGAAAAAGAGGGUGUGUGGAUGGGAUAGCAGGGAAAGUCUGAUCAGGGGCAGCCCUACAGAGAGGCUGGUUCACAAGAGCCCUCCCUCCUAUGAGAAGGAGACUUUGAUAUAACGGGACACCAAUUUGGUUGGGAAGUGGCUCCUCUAAGCUAGUGGUUCUCAAACUUUGGUCCUCCAGAUGUUUUGGACUUCAGAGAAUUCCUGACUGCUGACCAAGCUAGUUGGGGCUUCUGGGAAUUGAGGUCCAAAACAUCUGGAGGUUUAAAGUUUGAAAACCACUGCUCUAAGCUUUCUACUCCAUGUGCUUGACGUCUGGUUUGAAACAUUUCCCCCAUCAUCGCUUUCCCCCCAGGUUCAGUCACCAGCUCUGCAUGUGAAUAUUUCAGCCUAGAUGGCAGAACAAAACACAAAGAACAGUGGCAGAGUUAAACUGUCACUCUCUCUGCACUGGAUCUGGUAAGGACAUAUCUUUUGCUCCCAGGCUCAGUCUUGUGAUAUUGGGUAUUGUGGUCCAGAAAACCACUAACAUGUCCAAGCUGUGCUCUGCCUCCCCAAAGUGAGGACUUGUUUCUUUUGUCUGUGUUCUCAAUAAAACUCCUGUGGUUUGCUAGA